UAAUAAGAAAUAUUGUAUGCCUACUAAAAUUAAUUUAUAUAAUUCCGUUAAUGAAUCACAUCUUUGUCACUCGUCACAGACAGGAUGCCAGGAUACACGCGCCAUGAAAAUGUGUAACAAUAUUAAGAUGAUAGCAGAUACACGCCAAAAUAAGAUUCAACCAUUUAAUGAUGUUAAAUAUGAAUGUAAAAAAUAUGUGUUUGAUAAAGAUAAAAAAUCUGUCAUAUCACAAAAAAUAAUCAAUAUAGAUCAAGACGCAACAAUUAAGCAGACAAUUAAAGAUGAUAUACAUAAAAUGGAUGUAUGUUGGGAAGAGGAUGAGAACAUUAUCAUAAACGCGGACGAUUUUUUACCCACAGCGCGCAAUGGACUUAAAACGAGCUUAAACAAUUUUUUAAAACGCGCGCAAAAAGGAAUUUUUAUUGAAUUGUCAGCUUUCCCACGCAUCAGACCACAUCCACAGGGAUCCUUGAAUUCAAUAUAUUUUCCAUCAAAAAAUUCAAAGUCUGGAACACCACAAAAAGUUUUAGAGGAAAAUUUUACAUUUAAUGUCUCAAAUAGCAACAAUUGCUUACCUUUAAAACGGCAUAAUACAGAUAUCAAUGUAGAAAAGAACCAGAAAGAAUUAAUUGAAAAAACAAGACAAAAAGCUAUCACUUACGAUAAUAAAUUACAAAAGAAAUAUAUUUCUCAAGAAUUCAAUAAAAUAACUGAGAGAGAAUUACAACAAAAUAAUUUAAAUUACGAUACGAAUAAGAAAGCAGCUACGUUUGAAUAUAAAGAAAAAAAUACGGAAGAAUCAAGAUAUGGGUAAAUGUUUCUUCUAUAUGCUAUUGUAAACGUUUUAAUCGUGCGCGUGACUAUGUCAAUAUAAUAAUAAAACAAUUUCUAAUUCAGAUGUGAAAUGGUAAAAUCAAAAUCAGAUAAUUCAGAAAACAAUUUUCAAACUCACUCAAUGGUUCAACUAGCUGCAUACAAGAAACGAUAUUACGACACGUUAUUGAAUGUUCAGAGAGCGAAAGGUUAAUUAAAAAAUUAAUGCCAUAUUAUGUAUAUUUAAAUAUUCUAUUACGUAAUCUUUCAGACAUGCUUGAAUGUACUUUGUGUGAAAAAUAAUAAAUCAUGUGAUUAAUCAGACAUAAGGUGUUCAAUAUUGAUUACUUAAAUUUUGUUACAGUUGCAAUAUCAAAUUCUUUAGAAUCUUCUUCGGGUCAUUUAACAGCCUAUGAUGAUCCGUAUUACUCGAAUUACAUGUGUCAGCAGCAACAAGAUAAUCGACACCUGCUUCACCAACAGCGUCAUUUGACGACAAGGCAAUUUUCAACGUAUCCGGCGAACCCAUCCGGAUUAUCGAGCGCGUACUGCGAUCAGUACAGUUGGGCGAGAUCCAUCUGUAAAUAUUUAUUACUGAAGCAAUUAAGACUUCAACGGCAGGUAAGAAGAUAUAGACGUAAGAUUAUUCCGGAUCACGCGUUUACUUACGUGUAUCGUUACAGACUUCGCCUCUGUAUGCCCGAAAUCAAAGGUAAGGUUUAUGUGCUCAACAACUGGAGUAUAUCGGAAAUAUGAUUUUUAUAUUUAAUACUGGAGUCAUAUUUGUGAUAUUUUCUUGGUUUCUUCAUUCUUCAAGCGGAUGGAUUCAUCGCUAUGUCGGACACAUGUAUCCUUAUACCUCUAUGCUAAACGGAAGCGAUCAAACGAAGUAUUGCAUACGUCGUAAAAAUUUGGAGGACAUAGUUGGAAAAUUGAAAGAGACUGAACGCAAUAAUAUCAACAAUUGAGCGCUCUUCUACAUUAAUUCGAUGAGAAGUUCAUUAAAGUUGCACGCAAAUAAUGAUAUUCCUUUUAAUCUUUGUGUGAUAUCUUCGAAUAUCAAUUUGAAGAAUUAAUAUAACAGUAAUGAUAAAAAUAUUGAAAAUUUUCGUAAUUGCAGAUUGAUAUUAUGUAUAUAAGCUCGAUAUGAAUCUUAUUCUAAAUGUUCAUCCUUUGCAUUAGUUUUGCCUUCGCGUUAAAAAUAAUUAUUAUUAAUUAUGGAAAGAUUAUCAUAUGAUUUAUAUAAACUGUUAGACACUCCAAUUCUUCAUAAGGCGUGACUCUUGUGAAGUUGAACAGAUCGCGUAAAAAUUUUGAUAAUUUUGUUUGUAUUUCGGACGAUUGUGUGACAAUGUGAUUUUUCAAUGGCAAUAUACGCAGAAUAUAAUGUUAUACUUAGCCGUUGCCAAUCGAGCCAUAUUUAACGCAUUUACUAUCAAAUGUACAUUGUUCUGUUCAAGUAACAUUACACACACAAGGUUCACUCUGACUAGCUUUGAUAUAUUGUUAAGUAACAUACACAAUCACACACACACAACUCCGCACCACUGAUAGUGUAUAAAUACUCAUUUACUCGUAGAUGUACAAAAUGACAUUUAAAAGAAUACGUGAUAAUGCUAUGUAACUUAGGUGUUACGUGACUCAUGAAUCAUUUAUUGUCCAGAUCAUUCGCUAUCAACUCGACAAAUCGCCAAGAUACAGUGUCGCAUAUCUGCGUUAUAACUUGGUAAUCUAUCUAGCCAUCUUAUUCAUAUCCAUUUUCAGACUUCUGCAAAGACAUUCGACUCACGAUUCUCCUAACAAUCCUAUAAUAUGUCGCUACAGUUUGAUGUUCACUAUAAUUAUUGGCAGCAUCACAUUAUUCAUUCACAUGUAACUAAAUAUAUAAAUACAAUGACAUUAUAUAUUAUCAAUACUCGAAUACUACAUCUACAUAAAUAUUAAAACACAUUAGAAAUAUCCAAAUGAGACGAACACUUUGUAUUUGGAACAUGUAACGCGUUACAUGUGUAUGUCUAUUAUUUAACGAAUGAGGAAUUAGGCCAGUUGAAUUAUUUUGCUAGGAGAAUUAAAAUAAAUUGACAGGAAUUUAUUCUGCGAAAUUACAUUUCUAAUUUUCGACAUCAUACAUUUCUCAAUUAAGAUGUUCGUUAAAAUAGCCAUUUAAACCCACAUAAUAAUCUUCCCUAUCAAUUCCUUUUAACUCGCCUGAUUUUCCAAGGAUCUCAGGUCAUAUACAGAUUUGGAUUGUCAUGCUAUCACUACAGGUCAUUGUCAAUCGAGCUUAAUAUAAAGAAAUCUGCGUCUAUUAAUCGUAAUCGAAAUUUAUUGCCUGAAUGAUAAUUUAUUCAUACAAAUUCUAAGGAAACAGUGCUUUUCAUGUAUCACAAACAUACUGCUAUUUAUUAUAUUAACUUCGUUGAAGCAAAUAAUUGUUGCGAAUAUCGAAGUUGAAUUGCAGUUUAAUCUUUAUGUAGUAUAUUUAAUAAUGACUUUAAUCCAUUAGCUGCUCCUUACUAAUUUGAUAGUAUUAUUUGACAAAUAACAUUUUUUUCUUUUUGAAAAAUUUAACAAUUAGCAUUUAAAAAUCUGUUAUUACAACAAUGAGAAAAAAAUGACAUGAAGCUAAGUGCGCGAGUUCGAAUUA